AUGGACGACCUCGACUUCCUUCAUGAGAUUCCCUCCGACCUGAGCCAUGCUACGCUGAAGGUUCUCCUUCCCAGUGGCGAGGUCUGUCAUAUCUCAGACAGCGUCGACCCCUACAGGCUUAUUGACCGUUGCCCAUUGCUAUUCCAUGCAUUUGAGGUUGGACAUCGCGGUCGACUACAGGCUAGCAUCGAUGCACCUUCUAAAUCCGCUAUGAUCGCACUGCUUCGAUACUGCUAUACUGGCACUCCCCUGAAUCAUUUCUCGGAAGGUCAAGAGAGCACGUUGCUUCUUCAAGCCCAUGCAUACAAGAUGGCUGUCGACUUCGAUCUCCACAAACUUCAGCUUCUCGUUCAUGGUAACUUCACAUGUCACUUGGAAGCCGCUACCUACCUGCACGACCAUCCGGUAGAUCUUCUGAACACAAUUCGCUUCAUCUACAAGUGCUUUGACAAUCCAAAUCUUCGCUCUCAGCAUGGUAUAAUAGCUACUUUACACAACUAUUGCGUCUCGACAUAUAUCAGUCAUCGCCUUGACCACAACCAAGAAUUCCUCACCUUAGUUUCCGAGAUCCCUUCUUUUGGGCAAGACCUAUGUCGCACUAAUAUAGAGCGAGGCUUUGAGGACGACUGCGCCAGCGCAAUCAUCUGUCUACCUCCAAAUCAAACAGGUAGUCCUGCAGAUAUCUCUGUAACUGAAUCUGAUUCGAAAGACUUGACAAAUGAAAUGAUCUGUGACCAACCUUCCAUGCUGCCGGUGUCCUCCGUCAUCGAUGGGGUUGACCAAGCUUUGGAUGGGCAAGAAAGAUCCCAUAACGAGAGCGACAUCGUGGUCCCUUCUACAUCUACGUUGGUCAUUCGGCCUCUGAUCCCCUGCCCAUUAACAAAAUCAACUCCAGACCAGGACCAUAGCCUUUCAAGCGACGAUGAUGGAUUCAUGAUGAACCACCAGAGCAUAUAUAUACGUAUACACGCACGAAUAUACAAAAUGCGUCUCCGCAUCAAACGCCACACCCCAACCCGGCUUCCAAUCCAACAAUCGGACACCAUCUCCCUCUCUGACCGUCUUAUAGUCCACCACCCCACACCAAAAAGCAUUUAUCGCUCCCUUUUCUUCUCUGUUGAGCCCGAAAACCAACUACAAAAUUCUACCACAAUAUCACCGCGGGCGAUGUAUCAGGAUCCAUGGAGUACACCACCACCACCACCGCCGCAGGACCAACCCCCAAACCCAGCUCAACCAUCACUGAGAUCACCACCCCAGCCAAAACCCCAGCCAAAACCACGACCAUCACGACCCGGAGAACAAGAAAUCCCAACCCUGACCUUCCAACCCUGCCCAGAAUGCCACCAUCGCCGUCUCCCGCGAGAAUACCCCGCUGCACCACCAACACCGCACUGCGCGCACAGCGCCAAACUGUGCAUAUACUGCACGCACGAGGCGAUCCGGAAGGCGGUUGCGGGCGUAGGGAGGGGAUGGCAGGAAAGCGGAGUACGCUGUAUAGAGGAAGGAUGUAUGGCUGUGAUGGGGAGAGGAGAGGUAGAGGCUGGAGUGUUGGAAUUAGUCAAGCGGGAGAAGGGAAGGGGGAAAAGUCGUGUAGACAAGGAGUAG